AUGUGGGAGGGAUUGGGGAUAUAGGAUAGUAAUUGUCCCGUUACUCAGGGUAGAGAGUUGGAAACACCUCGUCUUCCUCGUUGAAGUCGCAGCACCGAAUCAACAGGAUUAUUCGACUCAGUCUGCUAUAUCAUGGCUUCAGAUACCAUUCAACCCGACUAUGAGAAGGAGAAACAACAAGUCAGUCAUCAUAUCGAACAUGCAAGCCCCCAUCAUGGUACAGACUUGUCGCUGGAGUCACAACAUGAACAAACGGACCAAGGCGUGGAUAUGAACAACGCCCAUGCACUCAAAGGAGACGACUCAGAUGGCAAGGUAGAGUGGAGUGUGCGUAGUAUCUUCGCCGCCAUCUUCCUCGCCGCACUGUACACCGGCUCCCAAGUAAUCCUCUACUUUGCCGGCGCCUCCCUCUCCUUCAUUGAAGCGGAUCUCAAUCUCGACCGUGGCUCAGCUUGGUUGCCCACUGCAAACAUCCUCGCCAUCGCCGCUGUAUGUCCUUAUGCAGGCUACCUCCAAGACCUCUUUGGGAAACGCUACAUUGCCCUCUUCGGCUCCUUCUGCAUCUGCCUGGGAUGCGCGUUGAUGGGCAGUGGACAGAAUUUCGGACAACUAUUGGCUGGCAUGGCGAUUUCGGGGGCGGGGGCUGCGACGGGGGAGUUGACUGGUCUUGCUGGCCUCGCAGAAGUCGUCCCCGUAAAAUACCGUGGCUACUCCCUCGCCCUCGUAACCGCCUUCGUCCUCCCCUUCUGCCCCUACCUCCUCUACGUAGAACUCUGGUCGCAUUCCUCCACCGGACCAGGUUGGCGCUGGGGUCCCUGGGUCGCCCUAAUCUUCAACGCCAUUGUCGGCAUCGGCCUCGCCCUAACCUACUUCCCACAGCGCCACGCCCGCGACGCCUCCUUCUCGCGAAAAGCGAUUCUAAAACGCAUCGACUACAUCGGCGGCGUGCUAUCCAUAACAGGCCUAACCCUCUUCCUCGUCGCCCUCCAAUCAGGCGGGUACACACAUCCCUGGACGUCCGCCUACGUCCUCUGCACCAUGCUAAUCGGGCUCUUCUUAAUCGCCGCGUGGGUGCUCUACGAAGCCAAGUUCGCAGCCUACCCUAUGGUACCAGCCGCCCUUUUCUCCGGACAGAGGAUAGUGGGUCUCGCAUAUGUCGUUGCGUUUAGCGCGGGUAUGAAUUUCUUCUCUAUUUUAAAUUUCUUUCCUAUUACUUUUAGUAGCGUUUACACUCCCGUUCCUGUUUCUAUCGGACUACGGGGUUUGGGGCCUGCGCUUACGACAGCUGUUGGGGCGAUUUUCUUUAAUGCGGCACUGUCUAGGUUUCCGGGACAUACGAGGGAGGUGCUGCUUGUGGCGGUGGGGAUUAUGACGGCCUUCGCAGGGGCGCUGGCGGUUAUGACGCCGGAGAACGAGAAACUGGUCCUAUUCCUUGGAUCCAUGGCGGGUUUCGGCGUAGGCGGUGUCCUUGUUCCUGCCGCGACAGUCGCUAUGCUCGUUUGUCCGGAUGCGCUCAUUACGACGGCUGCAGCGUUGUCGCUGUCGAUUCGCACUGUUGGGGGUAGUAUUGGUUACUCCAUUUACUACAACAUUUUCGCUGGGAAGCUGACUGCCAAUCUGCCGAAGUAUACGGCGCUGUAUGCAGUACAGGCUGGUUUGCCGCUGGAGAGCGUGGAGGCCUUUGUGGGGUUGUUUCUUACGGAACCGGAGGCGCUGGCUACGACGACUAUUCCUGGUGUCACACCGGAGGUUAUUGAGUCUGCGACGAUUGGGACGCGGUGGGCGUAUAGUGAGAGUUUGAAGUAUGUUUGGUUCACGAGUAUCGCCUUCGGAAGCAUAGCAAUAGUCUGCACGCUCCUCCUCCCCAGCACAAAGAAGUACCAGACGAACCGCGUGGCUGUACGGAUCUGAGACACUACCUUCAGAAUACUUGGGUCCAUCUUCCUUGCUACUUAGCUCCUUAGUUAUUACAAUACAAUCAAAGUGAACGAAUCUCA